AUGCUCAUUGUUGGAUAUUUCUUUGUUAAAUCACAGGAAAAUAGGUAUGCAAUGAUGGAUCCUUGCUAUCCUCAGUUGCCUGUAGGUUUUAUUCGUGAACAAAGCAAUGUAAUCAUGAGGCAGCUACUUCGUUCAAGACGGCCAUUUAUUGCUCACAUAACCGAUGCUAUGGGCAAUGAAAUAUUUAGGGUUCGCAGGCCAUUUUGGUGGAUAACCAGUUAUUUUUAGAUGUAGGUUACAAUCUAUGCAGAGGUUGAUGGAAAGGAAAUUGGUGUAGUUUGCAGAAGAUGGCACCUUUGGAGGCGAAUAUACGACUUAUACUUUGGGAAUAAACAGUUUGCUGUGGUUGAAAACCCUGGUCUUUGGAACUGGACCUUCACUCUAAAGGAUGAAGAUGAUAAUGUGCUCGCUCAGAUUGAUCGGGACUGGAGGGGGUUUGGCCUUGAGCUUUUCACUGAUGCUGGUCAGUAUGUCAUUCGAUUUGGUAAUGCUUACUCAAGUCCAAAGAUUGGUCUUGCAUCAGUUGUACAAGAAUUGGAAGUUAAGCGUCCAUUGACUCUGUCGGAAAGAGCUGUCGCUGUCGCUCUUGCCAUUUCUCUAGACAAUGACUUUUUCUCACGAACUGUCGGUGGCUGGGGCCUCCCCGUCAUUGUUGCUGCUUGGGUAAUGGUAAAGGAUGCCCUAGGAUGGACAGAGCGGGAUUCCCAUCCCGUGCGAAACUAUAGUGGAGCUUGUUUUCCUGAUUUCUCUAGCCUACUUUUCUUCAAACGGUGAAUCUACAUAUUGAAGAAUAAGCGGUGGACCCUCCCUUAGCAGCCAUACCUUCACGAGAUCGGCGUUUUGUCGUUCUCCCUGCUGUUAUCAGUCCGGGAAGCUGCCGAACUCCUUCAGUCCCCCUCCAAACCCUGCCAACUAUGCAUCUCUUUUCUCUUGACUUUCCACAUUCUCUCCCUACUAAAUUCGAUCCUGAAACACCUUUUAAAAUCAUAGAACGAUGUCAGGGUAAGGAACCAUAUGGAAAAUUUUAGUCUAUAGUUUUAUAGAAAGUAAUGUCAUUGUUUCUUUCCUUUAUGUUGUUUUGUGUU